UUGGAUGAUGCUCUUCUCCGAGAGACUGAAGAAACACUAACAAUGGAUGAGUGCAAACACAUCGAGCAUUUGCAGCUGGCGGGCGAUCACUCCCUCUUCAACCCUCAGCAAUGGUACUGUAGGGACUGCAAUACCACUGAGUCGAUCUGGGCGUGCCUCAGCUGCUCCCACAUCGCCUGCGGGAGGUACAUCGCCGAGCACGCACUGAAGCACUUUGAAGAAAGCAGCCAUCCCGUCGCGUUCGAGGUGAAUGACAUGUAUGUUUUUUGUUACCUUUGCAAUGAUUAUGUUCUAAAUGACACUGCAGCUGGAGACCUGAAGUCACUACGAAGUAGAUUAAGUGCAAUCAAAAGCAAAAAUUACUCCCGCGUGGCUCCGAGGAGCCGAGGGCUACAGCCUGCGGACACACGCGACGGCUCUUCCUCUUCCUCCUCUUCCUCCUCCUCCUCCUCCUCCUCCUCCUCCUCGCAGGCCGGUGCCCAGCCCCUGCCCCGAAAGGAGAGUCAGGCGCGCACGGCCCUCUGGCACAGGCGAAGGACGCUCCUGGGGAAAACCUUCCAGACCUGGUUUGCACGGUCCGCCGUUGGAAGAAAAAGGCCAGAACCCGUUCCGGAGAAGACGACGGCGGCGGCGGCGGCGGCGAAAAGAGACGCGAAGAAGAGACAGCAGCCGCCGCCGCCGCCGCAGCACGGGUGGGAGGCGCAGGCCAGGGCCGAGCUGGAGAGCACACCCCCUCGGAAGAGUUUGCGCUUACAGGGCCUCACCGAGGCCGCCACCAUAGAAAUGGUCCCCGUGCAGGCGCCGCCACCGCCGCCCCUGCAGGCCGCCCCGGCCAGGGGCAAAGCGCUGUCACCCAUCUCGGAAGACCGGAGACACAAGAAAGCCAGUGACGCCUUGAUCAAGCGGAGGCCAGCAGUGACCCCUGGCGUGACGGGACUGAGGAACCUCGGCAACACUUGCUACAUGAACUCUGUUCUGCAAGUGUUGAGCCAUUUACUUAUUUUCCGACAAUGCUUUUUAAAGCUUGACCUGAACCAGUGGCUGGCAGUGGCUGCCAGCGAGAAGUCCCGGUCCUGUAAGCACGCACCCGUCCCAGAGGCCGUAGCUCAUCAGAUGAAAGAAGGCCAAGAGAAAGAGAAAGCCUUCGUGUGCUCCAGACAUCCGAGUUUAUCCGCAGGCCUAAGCGGCGGGUCCUCAAAAAGUCGAAACAUGGAGCUGAUUCAGCCCAGGGAGCCGAGUUCCCCCUACAGCUCUCUUUGCCACGAAUUACAUACUUUGUUCCAAGUCAUGUGGUCUGGAGAGUGGGCCUUGGUAUCCCCAUUCGCUAUGCUUCACUCAGUGUGGAAACUGAUCCCUGCCUUCCGGGGCUACGCCCAGCAGGAUGCUCAGGAGUUUCUUUGUGAGCUUCUGGAUAAAAUACAGCGUGAACUGGAGACUACCGGAACCAGGUUCCCAACACUCAUCCCCACUUCCCAGAGGAAACUGAUUGAGCAAGUUCUGAAUGUUGUAAACAACAUUUUUCACGGACAACUUCUUAGUCAGGUUACGUGUCUUGCAUGCGACAACAAAUCCAACACUGUAGAACCGUUCUGGGACUUGUCACUGGAGUUUCCAGAGAGAUACCAAUGUAAUGGGAAAGAUGCUGCCUCCCAGCCAUGUCUAGUUACGGAUAUGUUGGGCAAAUUUACAGAAACAGAAGUGUUAGAAGGGAAAAUCUACAUGUGUGAGCAUUGUAACUCAAAGCGUAGAAAGUUUUCGUCGAAACCAGUUGUACUCACAGAAGCCCAGAAACAGCUGAUGAUCUGCCACCUACCUCAGGUUCUCAGACUACACCUCAAACGGUUCAGAUGGUCAGGACGUAAUAACCGAGAGAAGAUUGGUGUUCAUGUUGUCUUUGAGGAAACCUUAAACAUGGAGCCCUUUUGCUGCAGGGAGACCCUGAAAGCGCUCAGACCAGAAUGCUUUAUCUAUAAUUUAUCUGCUGUAGUAAUCCACCAUGGGAAAGGAUUUGGCUCAGGACACUACACUGCCUACUGCUACAAUUCUGAAGGAGGGUUCUGGGUACACUGCAAUGAUUCCAAGCUAAGCAUGUGCACUAUGGAUGAAGUACGAAAGGCCCAAGCUUAUAUCUUAUUUUAUACUCAGCGAGUUAUUGAGAAUGGACACUCUAAACUCCUGCCUCCAGAGCUCUUGUCCAAUAGCCAACAUCCCAGUGAAGAAACCGAUGCCUCUUCUAAUGAAGUCCUUAGCUGAUCCACAGUGGGCUCUUGUUAUUUGUGUAUAUAUACUUUUUAAAUGGGCUGACUUAUGAUGCAGAGCUUCAUUGUUUUUAUUUUUUAAUUAUGAUCAGUGCAUGCUACCUUUAGACAUUUUGUAUUUAGCUACAAAGGUUUUGUUUGGUUUUGGUUUUUUUUUUUACAAACUAUAUGUACAUCAACUGUAGGCCAACUAAACAUUUUACAAUUAUUUGAGUUUUAUACUUUUAGUGUUUACCUCAGGCUAUUAUUACCUCUUACAUUUUGAUGUCUUAAUUGCCUCAAAUCAUGAAUUUGUGCAAUCUACUAAAGAAAUUCAGGUGGCAUCGUUCUAUAUAUAUUGUUACUUAUUUAUCUUUUGUAGCUAUUUUCAAUACAGAUUCUAAACACAUGAGAAGGCUAUAUUCCUCAGAGACUUGCUAAAGUAAGAAAGCCAUUUGUAUACCAACUCCACUUCUGCCCCCUGGAAGUAAACAGAUUGGAACUGAAAUACCCAAGUAUCACCUACUAGCUCACGGUUCCUCCUGAGGCUCCGUGCAGAAGCACAAGGCUCAGAAUAGAUUUAAUGUGGUUAUUGGUAGUUCGCUCACAAUUUACUGCUUCCAUAACUGUUCUUUAUUGAGCAUGAACGCUUAAUGAAAAUGGCAGAUUUACAAAUGGUAUACUUAAAUGAACUUUGGAACUAUGGCCAAUGGGAAAAAAAAACAGUUCUAAUAAAGCAGCCAUAAAAAAUUUGAAUUUAGCAAACCAACAUAUUAUGAUGGAGAAAUGUAGUUUAUCUUGAGAAUGAGUUGAUAUUAUGUUAAAUUACAUUAGAUCUCUUAAAUGCUUGAGAUUUUUAGUUCAAAGUAAUAAAAAGUCUUAAAGAGGGGAAUAAAUGCACAGGGCAGAAGAGAACUGUUCAAGAUCAGCAACUGGGUUGUUAUACCCAGGACUCAGGACCUCACUUACUCCCUAAGUAACCUAAGCCUGAAUCUUUUAUUCUUGCUAGGAUUAUAUGACUCCUGGGAACCCCUUAGGGCCAGGGUUACUUCUUUAAAAACACGGUCUAAAUUUGAAUUUAUUGAAAGCAAGAGAUUUCUUUUGCUGUGUUAUAAAGAAAGCCCUGGUGCUGCUAGUUCCACUUAUUCAGAAAGGGGUGCUCCACCAACCUUCAGACAGUAUGAGCUCUCAAGCUCCCUGUUAGCCACUGGGAGAAGAGCCCUUGCAGACAAAUCUUUUGUUCCAAAAAUACAACUGGAGCAUUAAAUGGCUAGGCCUGGAAAUGUUCAUUUACCAAUACCUAUGCAAACUGUUGCCUAAACAGUUAAAUAUACCUCAUUAAAGAUUCAUGUGGUAAAGGUACCGAG